AUGGAGAGAGAUUGGAAUUUAACGAGGAAGAAGUCGAGCAAGAAGAGUUUCAACUCGAUCAACUAUUGCGCGAUUUUCCAAACAAGCCGUCGAUUCAGCACAACCAGUUGCGUGAGACUGAUGACGAAGCAGAAGGUGAUGGCAAAGCUGGAGUUGAAGGUUGAUUUGGAUCUAAAAGAUGGUGACGGGUUCAUUGCUGUUUCAGACCGCCAUAAGGGAUUAGUCAGAGCUAUUAAGAUUGAGUUACCAAAGAUGGAGCAUCGUAAGUGUGUAAGACACAUCUACGGGAAUCUGAAGAAGAAACAUGGGAGCAAAAAACAGAUGAAGCAACACAUAUGGAGGCUAGCUUGGAGUUACAAUGAAGCCAAGUUUCAGGUGAACUUGGACAGGGCUUUUUACAAGCUAGGCAAUUACUGUGAAGACGUUGAAAACAACUCGACAGAGUCUUUUAACAGCUCAAUAAACAAGGCCAGAGAGAAGCCAUUCAUCCCUAUGCUUGAAGCAAUAGCAAGGCUUGCCAUGGCACGUAUUGCCGAAGUGAGACAUAACCGGUGUAACAUCCGUAAACCGAAUUGUCAGCUUGAGGAAGCUGUGUCGAGCAACACAAAGGAAAUCGAUCUGUGCGUUUCAGGAAUCAGUGUCGAGCGACACAAAGCUUCGACACCAGAAGUUGCUCAUGUUCGGGUCCAUACAGUGAGAUGGACGGAGCUCCUAGAGGUCGUGGCGCGAGAGGGGGCGGUGCUAGAGGCCGUGGCAGCAGAGCUGGUGGUAGAGCUGGAGGCUGAGCAGGCCGAGUCAGUUCCGUUGGAGGGUGAUGCCAGUGCGAGUGUUGGUUUGGAAGCGGGGGCUGCUCCGGGUGGGGGUGGCGCUCCGGCUCCGGGUCGUGAAGACUUAGUGGUGGGGUUGCUGACGCAACUAUUGACUAGUUUUCCGCCGGUGGUUGCACAGGGGGCUCCAGGAGUACCGCCAGUGGCAGAGGUACAGCAUGUUGCUGCAGAUUUUGUGCAGCCGGAGGCUGUGGGUGCGGGUGUGUCCCGUUAUUUGGAGUUUAUGGGCCACAUGCAGAGGAUUGGUACGCCUUUCUUCGAGGGCAGAGUUGGUCCGGAGGAGGCAGACGUGUGGCGUCAGAGAGUGGAGCGGAACUUUCAUUCGAUCUGCUGUCCUAUGGAGUACUGGGUGGAGUUAGCGGUCCACUCUUUGAGUGGCGAUGCUCAUUUGUGGUGGCAGGCUGCGGUGGGCCGGAGGACAUUUUGGACUUGGGGCGACUUCCUUGUGGAGUUCAACGCCAAGUAUUUCCCGAGGCAGGCUCGUGAUCGUCUUCAGAUGCAGUUUAUGGACAUCGAGCAGGGUGAGCGUACUGUACGCGAGUAUGAUGCGGAGUUCAGCCGUCUGUUAAUGCAUGCUGGCUUUGGCAUGGAGGCUGAGCAUCAGUUGAUGAACAGGUUUCUGGAGGGACUUCGCAAGGAUAUCCGGACGCUAUGCAAAGGUGGUAUGAACACUUCGAGGGCGGGUCUGGUAGAGUUGGCCGCGUCGGUCGAGGCAGUUCUGAGUGGGCCAUUUGGUCCGAUGGCUGUGCCGUCAGCAGUUGCUCCUGCUACCCAGCCUCGGGGGGCCGUUUUGCCUACGCAGGGUCACAAGAGGGGCCGAGAGGAGUUUUCUGGUGCUAGUCAGUUUCGUCGUGGUUCGUGUUUUGGGUGUGGGAGCACGGAGCAUCGUGUUUCGAGUUGUCCCAAGAGGGAGUCAGCACCGAGGGUGUGUUACUACUACAAGGAGCCUGGGCAUAUCAAGCCCAUGUGUCCUAAGUUGCGGAGUAUGUCGGUGGCUUCAGUUCAGCCUGUAGCGGCUCAGCCAGUGAGUCGGAUCGCAGCAGUGCAGCCGUUGGGUCAUAUUGCACCGGCGCCGCGGGGUUACUCUUCAGUGGAGACUGGCGGGACUAGUCAGACCGAGCAGAUCACAGGGACCUUGUUAGUGGGUGGUUUUGAGUCCCACGUUAUAUUUGACUCUGGAGCAUCGAAUUGCUUCAUUACAUCCCGGAAGAAGAACUUGAGAAGAAGAGAGUUUGGUGAAGCGAUUUGUGGUGUUAGUCGAUCGAUUGAGUCCGUUCUUCGCCGAUUUGGAGCUUGGGUUCGUGUGUGGUGGCUGCUGCGCGGUGGUUCGUCGUGUUCUUCGUCGUCGUUGCUACAGUUCAUCUUCUUCAAUCCGGUUUCCCCUCUUUUCAACCUAGAAUCGAGGUGA